AUGACAUUUACCAAAAAUGACAUCUCUUCACUUUACCAUUCACAACCAGUCAAGCAUGGAAUGGCCGCGAUCCAGCCACUGGCACCUGGAGUCACCGAGGAACUGCGCGCUUCUUUAGUCAUCAGCUCGCUUGAGCAAUGCGCAGCCGAACUUGUUCAGAACUCCAUCGACGCAAAUGCAUCAUCGAUUGAGGUCAAAGUCGAUGUGGCUGGUCACAGUCUGCAGGUUUCCGACAACGGGAACGGGAUUAUCUCAGUCGACAUCAUGCAUGUCGGAACGCGAUACGCCACAUCCAAGUGCUCAACCUUACAGGAUCUGAGGCGGAUAAAAACAUAUGGCUUCCGCGCCGUUGCAGCAAUGACGGAGAUGUCGCUUGUUGAUAUUGUUUCGCGUCCUCAGGAUCAGCGCGACGUAUACUCUGUUAUUUUCAAGGGUGGAGAGAGGCUGUUUUGCGGCCCUUCGAGCAAGUACCCUCGAUUCAAUCAUGGAACUACCGUUUCAGUGCGGGAUCUUUUCUACAAGUUCCCUGUUAGACAAAGAUAUUGGUCUGAGGCCUCCGCGUCCAAGCUGGAACUAGAACUGGACAAAGUCAAGCGGGCUGUCGAGACAUUUGCAUUAGUCUCCCCUCGUAUAUCAUUCACAGUCAUCGAUAUGGCAAAGGAUGCUAAAGUGAUGACAUACCGCAAAGCCGACUCUCAGCUGCACAGGAUCACUGCAGUCCUUGGUCUAGCACUUUCUUCCUCCCUCACAUUCGCAAAGUCGAGUCCUGAGGAUACAACUUACAGCCUCUCUGGAUAUAUUUCGACUAUGGGACAUUACAAUCGUCUCUACCAGUACAUAUUCUUGAACAACCGACCGAUCCGCUCUGAUAUUAUUCAACGGACGAUCACUCAGACUUUUCAGCAGUCAAGUUUUUCAAAGGAGAGCCUCCGCUUUGACGAAGACGUUAGGCGGUCCAGGGAACGAUACCCAGUAUACGUACUUACCCUGAAGUGUCCGCUGAGCGAGUAUGACAUCUGUAUGGAUCCAGCUAAGGUCACGGUCGAGUUUGAGGAUGAGGAGCGCGUGCUGCGUGUUGUGAGGGAUACCAUCAUCGCGUUCCUCGAGCGGCAACACCUGCUCUCGAGGUCAGCAGCAUCGACGUUGAGGAACCAAAGCACUACCAGGAAGCGCAAGUCCAGGGCAAAAGGCAAUGUGGGGCUUUCAGAUGAGUCCGUUCCGCUCGGCUAUCUCUCUCGUAUCAAGUUGUCGCGUCCAUCCCGAGCCAGCAAGGCCCCUCAGUACUCUCAGGGGGAUGCUUAUCAGCAAGAGGAGAUUGACGUGGAGGAUGAACUUGAGUUUGAGCUGGAUGAAGACUGGAUUUCAUCCAUGCUUGACGACGAUUUUGUGAGCAGCGAGGUCGAAUACAAUAGACAGGACAGUAGUGAUAUCAUGCUGCCGAACUCAGGCCUUAGAAGAGCCUCACUUCCGCAUGUCGUUGAAUCAAGGUCGACAUCGUUCAUUACAGGAACGUCUGGAAUCUGGGCCCAGGAUGCGCUUCGGAAGUGGGUCAAUCCGCUUUUCCCGACUCCGCCUACGCAGGUACCCUCUCUACAAACCUUGAAUCUUGAUACGGGCAUGGGCGAUGCUGGAAAACGGGAGUCUAUCGAAAAGUCAGUCAGUCGAUUUUUCAGUCGAGGUGCCGGCUGCCAGGACCAGUUCAACAUCAAGCGCUUGCAGCUUUCAAAGACCUGUCUACAGCAUGCCCGGGUUAUUGCGCAGCUCGACCGCAAGUUCAUUCUCUGCACCAUGGAUGCCGCAGCAACGGCAACAGCACAGCUUUGCAGUCCACGAUCAACGGUACUAGUGGUAGUCGAUCAGCACGCAGCGGAUGAGCGUGUGAGAGUGGAGCGGCUAAUGAAGGAGAUGUGUGUGUGCUCAUGCGCGACUUUGGAGUCAACGAUACACGCUAUGGAGGAAUUGUCGCAAGCAUCGGAGCACCGACUGGACAGCAUGGCCAUGAUCCCGCCGCUUCCUAUCACGCUUAGUAGACGGGAGUGGAGGCUUGUAGAGCAGUACUCGGACUGGCUCAGCCGCUGGGGCAUCAUCUUGGACAAGAAUCCGCUUACCGCGGCAGUCGACACAGACCCAGCUCAAUUGAACGAAGAUUCGAUACCAUUAGAUGAGGAUGAUGAUACUCUUUUGGUAUCUCAUCACUUCAGCGACUCUCUGACCGAAUCAUCUCAAACUAUGAAAUCUCACUCUGAACUUCAACAAGCGCCGAUCACAGCUACCGCGGGUGGAAAUAUCUUGGUGUCUAGGCAUAUCACAGCGUCCGAUUACAGCCAAGGCUGGGUCACGGUAUUACCCCGGGCAGUUGCAGACCGAUGCGUCGUCGAUGGAGCUCUAACACAAGAUCUAAUCAAAGACUCAAUCAGCUGGGCGGAAGGAAGUCGAUAUAGUUCACGGCGUGAUCAGUUGGAAAGCCACAGCGCUAAUGACGAUGCAAGCAGCUGGCUGCGAUGCAUUCGAGGGUGCCCACGCGGGAUCUUGGAUAUUGUCAAUUCGAAAGCAUGUCGGGGCGCCAUUAUGUUUAAUGACAAGCUAUCUCUGGCACAAUGCGAGGGGGUAGUGCGCAGCCUGGCAGAGUGCAAAUUUCCAUUUCAGUGUGCACAUGGUCGUCCGAGCAUUGUACCGUUGACCAUCUUGGAUCAAACAAUGCCUCAUCAGCAGAAGCAACGCUCGAGAUCGCCUAGCAAGCUAGCAUCUUUUAAAAAGCACCAACGGAAAACACUGUGGACUCCCUGGAUGCGGAACGAUACGUAA